AUGUAUUAACCUAGUAUUGAUUAGAACAUUACCCAAUCUACAACCGUAAAAACAAUUAAAGAACUCAAAAAAUUAGGAGAUUCUCGGGUUAAUUUAGAUGUUAAAUAGAAUGAAAUUUAUGAUCCCAAUCUAAGUGUCAAAUACUCUCCCGAUGCAGAGACAUCAAAAACCUAACAUACUAAAGUAUCAAUGAAUAAAUAACCCAAAAUUACACUUCAUGCUUAGACUUAAAAUCUAAUUCGCUCAAAAGCAAACUAUUAAUAAAUAGACUGA